GCGCGCUCGUUAUCUGCCCGCGGCGGCCAGUUCGCUGGAGAGGCCCGCGCCGGUGGGUUGGCAACGCGUUCCGCGAGAGGAGUUCUCGGUUAACAGUGCGCGGGGUGUGCAAUUGCUGGCGCGAGAGUGGUGACCGGGCGCCGGCACGAGCCGUGGUGACAGUGUGAGCAGUCAGCGGCUGUGCAGCGGGAGCGCCGGCCGGCCCGGCGCCGCACUUGUUGCUCCGGCUGCUGGAGGCAGAGGCGGCCGCUAACGAGGUUUUUGUGCGGCCGAUGCAGCGGACGGCGGCAGCGCGCGCCGCCUCCCGCGGCCUGCGGAACCGGUUCUGACGUCAAACGAGGAGGACCGUUCCUGGGCGCUGCCGCGUGCGGAGGGCUGCCCAUGCAGCUUCUUGCUCUCCAGGUGUUGGCUGCGACACGGCCGGCGCGAUGAGAGAGCGUCAUGUCCCGGUACUCCCGCUAUCCUUUCCAGCCCGGCGCUGCCGCGGGCGGCCUGGGCCCCGGCGCCACCCACCAGACCGUCGCCACCACGCACCUGCCGCCGCACCACCACCACCAUCACCAGCACCAGCUCAGGAACCCGUGGGUGUCGGGCCUGGAGUGCCGCGAGUCUGGCUCGACCAACAGCUCGUCGGCGAGCAGCCGGCGCGGCGGCGGCGGCGGUCCUUGGCUGCACCCGCUGGACCUCAACCACCAGCCGGCGCCGGCCAGGCACCACCACCUCUACGAGCAGCCGCUAGACGUGCUGGGCCCGAGCAGCGCGCUGCUGGCGCCGGGCGCGCACGGCCUCGGCCACGUUGGCGUGUCGUCCGCGCCGCCCCCGCAGCAGGCGCACGCCUCGGCCGGCGCCGGCGCCCCCGGGUCGUCGCGCGCCGCCUCCGACCGCGACCGCCCCACAACGCCCGCCAGCUCGCCGGGCAGCGCCGGCCUCCACGGCGGCACCGCGGCACUCGACGGCUGCGGCGGCCACUGCGUCGCCUUCGAGAACUUCUGCUACUACUGCCUGCAGGUGGUGUUCGUGCUGGGUGUGCUGUGCGGCGUGUCGCUGACGAUCGCGGGCAGCGUGCUGCGGCAGGGCCCGGGCCAGGGCGGGGUGUCGCACCGCGGCCGCGACCUGGUCGUGCUCGUCUACAUCGGCUGCCUGCUGGCGCUCGUCUGCGCGGUGCUGCUCGCCGUGCAGUGCUGCGUGCGCCGCAACGUCAAGCGCCCUUCUUCACACGCCCCCUAUGCAUUUGUCACAUGA